ACACAGCAAUGCUUAAUUCAGGCUGUUGGCAUCCAAAAUUAAAAGAAGAGUUUUUAACAUGUUCCAAUGAUGGGACUGUAAGAAUGUGGGAUGUCUCUAAUGAGAAAAAACAUAAAAAUGUGUUUAAACCACGUUCAGCUCAAGGCAAAAGGGUGAUUCCAACAAGCUGCACCUACAGCAGAGAUGGUAAACUUAUUGCAGCUGGCUGCCAAGAUGGGUCCAUCCAGAUCUGGGAUAGGAAUAUGAAUGUUCAUACCAAGUUUCACUGCAGACAAGCACACGCUCCAGGCACUGAUACAUCAAGUUUGACAUUUUCCUAUAGUGGUACCGUUCUUGCCAGUCGGGGAGGUGAUGAUACCUUAAAAACCUGGGAUAUCAGACAGUUUAAAGCACCUCUUAAUUCGGUCAGUGGCCUACCAAGUUUUUUCCCCAUGACCGACUGUUGUUUUAGCCCAGAUGAUCAAUUACUUGUUACUGGCAUUUCUGUUAAGAAAGGACAUGGCAAUGCAAAACUUCUCUUUUUUGAUCGGGAAACAUUUAAAAAAAUGUAUGAGAUCGAUGUCACUGAUGCGAGUGUCGUUCGGUGUCUCUGGCAUCCUAAACUGAAUCAAAUCAUGGUUGGAACAGGAAAUGGAUUAGCAAAAGUAUACUAUGAUCCCUUCAAAAGUCAAAGGGGAGCAAAGCUGUGCGUUGUGAAGACUAAAAGAAAAGAGAGACAAGCAGAGACUCUCACACAAGAUUAUAUUAUAACACCUCAUGCACUUCCAAUGUUUCGGGAAGCACGCCAGCGAAGUACAAGAAAACAGCUGGAAAAGGACAGAAUGGAUCCUGUGAAAUCUCACAAACCGGAACCUCCAGUAGCAGGACCAGGCCGUGGUGGUCGUGUUGGAACGCAUGGAGGUACUCUGUCAUCAUUCAUAGUGAAGAAUAUUGCAUUGGAUAAAACUGAUGAUAGCAAUCCCCGAGAAGCUAUUUUGCGACAUGCAAAAGAAGCAGAAGAAAGUCCCUACUGGGUUGCUCCAGCAUAUUCCAAAACCCAGCCAAAAACAGUUUUUGCAGAAGUAGAAUCUGAUGAAGAUGAAACGGACGACAAGCCAGAGUGGAAAAAACGUAAAAUUUGAAGAAUUUAAAUUGGAGGAGCUUCACAAGGGAUUUUGAGACAGAGAUGAAUUCUUUUUCCUUAUGCAAAAGAAGUCAAAUUACUGCGAGCAAAAUUGCUUUUAUGCAGAAGAAUAUUUUGCCCCUUUGAAAGACUAUAAUUGCCAUAAAGUAAAAUAGGAUUGCUUAGCAUAAAGUCUGUAUUUUAUUAAAUAGCUAAAGUCAUAAAUAAAAAAGAAUUAUUUCUUCAAA